CGGCCCGUCUUGUCAAGCUGCCGUGGCGCGGAGAACUCUGCAAAACAAGAGGCUGAGGGUUGCGUCCUCGACAAACCAUUUCACGCCGGAGCGGCGGGAGGGAAGCGUGUUUGGGGCAUCCGGCCGCUCCGCGGGGCUCUGAGGAAAAGCCGCCACCAGGCCGCCGCCAUGGCAAAGGGGGACCCCAACAAGCCGCGGGGCAAGAUGUCCUCGUACGCGUUCUUCGUGCAGACGUGCCGGGAGGAGCACAAGAAGAAGCACCCGGACUCCUCCGUCAACUUCGCCGAGUUCUCCAAGAAGUGCUCGGAGAGGUGGAAGACCAUGUCGGCCAAGGAGAAGGCCAAGUUCGAGGACAUGGCGCGGAGCGACAAGGCCCGCUACGACCGGGAGAUGAAGAGCUACGUGCCCCCCAAGGGCGACAAGAGAGGGCGGAAGAAGGACCCCAACGCGCCCAAGAGGCCCCCGUCCGCCUUCUUCCUGUUCUGCUCCGAGCACCGCCCGAAGAUCAAGAGCGAGCACCCGGGCCUGUCCAUCGGCGACACCGCGAAGAAGCUGGGCGAGCUGUGGUCCGAGCAGUCGGCCAAGGACAAGCAGCCGUACGAGCAGCGGGCGGCGAAGCUGAAGGAGAAGUACGAGAAGGAUAUCGCCGCAUACCGCGCUAAGGGCAAAAGUGAAGCUGGAAAGAAGGGCCCUGGCAGGCCAACGGGGUCAAAGAAGAAGAAUGAACCGGAGGAGGAGGACGAGGAGGACGAGGACGAGGACGAGGAGGAUGAAGAAUAAGUGGCCGUCCCGCGGCGACGGGUGGGGUGCGCGCGCUCAGGCAAUUGUUUGGCUAAGAAUGUGAAUUCAAGUGCAGCUCAAUAUUCGCUUCAGUAUAAAAACUGUACAGAUUUUUGUAUAGCUGAUAAGAUUCUUUGUAGAGAAAAUACUUUUCUAAAAAUGCAGGUUGUAGCUUUUUUGAGGGGCUACUACAUACAGUUAGAUUUUAAAGCUGAUGUUGAAUGUUUCUAAAUAUUUAAUGGUUUCCUUGGUUUCUUGACUUGUGUAUGGUAGCACAGCAAACAUGCAGGAAUUAGUAUCAAUAGAUGGGUUUGUUAGAAUGUUACAUUUUGUUUUUUAAAAAAGUUUUGUAAUAAAAUUAUAUUAUUUUUA